UUAGUAAUUUAAAUCACUUAAUUUAAAAAGCGGCUGAAGGAUUACUUGACAGUUUUACUUUCUCUGAAUAUGAGUAAUAUAGAUUUCACUUUAAUUGCCUUAGACAAAUAGUAAUAAAUUCUUUAAACAAAACUUAUUAUUAAGUAUCAAGAAAAACAAUAGAUUGGGAUUCAUAAAGAGUUCAUGAUUUUGGCACUAUCAUGAAGCCGAUUUUGCCAGGCUAUACAAAUCAUUGAAAAGAACUCUUAUGAAUUAAAUGUGCAAUGUGUAAAUACAUGUAUAAACUGAAAUGUUGAUUCACUUACUCCGCACAGAUCAGCAAGAGUGUAGUGCUUGCCUAAGUCAAGACUACCCAAACCCUGAGAGAAACCAGUGUUUACCCAAGGCAGUGACAUUCCUAUCCUUUGAGGAUCCUCUGGGCAUGGCUCUGGCCUGCACAGCUCUGUUCUUCUCUGUAAGCACAGUUAUAGUUUUGGGGAUCUUCCUUAAACACCGAGAAUCAGCCGUUGUUAAGGCCAAUAACAAGACUCUCAGCUAUAUCCUGCUCAUCUCCAUCCUCUUCUGCUUCCUCUGCUCCUUUUUCUUCAUUGGACGCCCAAACACUGUCUCCUGCAUACUGCAACAAAUAACAUUUGCACUUGUAUUCACGUUGGCUAUUUCCACUGUUUUGGCAAAAACUAUAACUGUAAUUCUGGCCUUUAGGAUCGUGAAACCUGGGAGAACAAUGAGAAGGUUGUUUGUCUCAGGCAUCUAUAAUGCUGUCAUCCCCAUCUGUGUCCUGAUUCAACUUAUUCUCUCUGGAGUCUGGCUGGGAACCUCUCCUCCCUAUAUUGACACAGAUAUACACUCUGAACAUGCUCAUGUCAUCAUUUUAUGCAACAAGGGCUCAGCUACUGCUUUCUACUGUGUGCUGGCAUACUUAGGAACCCUGGCCCUAGGGAGCUUCACUGUGGCUUUCCUAGUGAGGAACCUGCCUGACACAUUCAAUGAGGCCAAGUUCCUGACAUUCAGCAUGCUGGUGUUCCUUAGUGUCUGGGUCACUUUCAUCCCUGUCUACCAGAGCACCAAGGGCAAGGCCAUGGUGGCUGUGGAGGUCUUCUCCAUCCUGGCCUCCAGUGCAGGGCUGUUGGUGUGCAUCUUUUUCCCAAAGUGCUACAUUAUUUUCCUAAGACCUAAUAAAAACUCUUUGAGACAUUUGAAAAACAAAAACUAGCAAAUAAAAAUUGAUCAUUUUGAUGUAUUAGUUCUCUAAUGAAACCCAUUAGCAUACUAAAAUUAAAUCAUUUACCUACUUUAAAGUAACUUUUUCUGAAAUGUGUAUUUAAAGAAAAAUAAGAGCCCCUCACUUUGACUCUCAAUCACAGACAUUUAUUUCAGAAUAGAAACUGCUGUUAAAAACAUAUUUUAGUAAGUUAUGCAUGUUACUUAUUAAUGUGUGGACAGUAUACAUAUUCGAAAUGUAAUUAUAUGAUAGUAAUUGAUAUAAAUAGUACAUGAACUAAAUACUUGUUCUCUUUGGUAUUUUGGGGAGUAUAACAGGGUUUUGGGUGGUAUAUGAGAUUCUUCUACAGAACAGGCAUGAAAAUCAAUCU